AUGGCGGCGAGUUGGGUUCUCUCAGAAUGUGGCUUAAAGCCUCUCCCUCAAAAUUUCCGUAGACCCACAGCCGGAUUUUCCUCUAACCACCCAGCAAAAGUUCGAGUUUUUCGGUCGAACAAGAGCGUGACAGAUCUAAGAUUGGCUUCAGCCAAAAUUUCGAGUGCGUGCUUUAGAGGGAGAAGCUGGGGUCUGAAAGUGAGUGCUCCAUUAAGAGUUGCUUCUAUUGAAGACGAGAAAGAGAGAGUCAAUGGUGUUAAUGGCGUUGGAGAUGAAGAAGAGCUGGAAUUUGAUCCAGGUGCACCACCACCGUUUAAAUUGGCUGACAUUAAAGCAGCCAUUCCGAAGCAUUGUUGGGUUAAGGACCCGUGGAGGUCAAUGAGCUAUGUGGUAAGGGAUGUGCUGGUGGUUUUUGGAUUGGCUGCAGCGGCGGUUUAUAUAAACAAGUGGUUCGUUUGGCCUCUGUAUUGGGCUGCUCAGGGGACAAUGUUUUGGGCUCUCUUUGUUCUUGGACAUGAUUGUGGUCAUGGAAGCUUUUCAAACAAUCCCAAGCUAAACAGUGUGGUGGGGCAUCUCUUGCAUUCUUCAAUUCUUGUACCCUAUCAUGGAUGGAGAAUUAGCCACAGGACUCAUCAUCAAAACCAUGGCCAUGUUGAGAAUGAUGAAUCAUGGCACCCGUUAUCUGAGAGAAUUUACAAGAAAUUGGAUAACAUGACACGGAUUUUGCGGUUCACCGUUCCUUUUCCCAUGCUUGCAUACCCUUUCUACCUUUGGAAUAGAAGUCCAGGAAAGACUGGUUCUCACUUUCACCCAAACAGCGACUUGUUUGUCCCUAAUGAGAGGAAAAAUGUGAUCACUUCCACUUUGUGUUGGACAGCAAUGGCUGCUUUGCUUGUGGGGUUGUCCUUUGUAAUGGGUCCUAUUCAAUUGCUUAAGCUCUAUGGCAUUCCCUACUGGGUGUUUGUCAUGUGGCUGGAUUUGGUAACUUACUUGCAUCACCAUGGCCAUGAAGACAAAUUACCAUGGUAUAGAGGAAAGGAGUGGAGUUAUCUAAGGGGAGGGCUUACCACACUUGAUCGUGACUACGGAUUGAUCAAUAACAUCCACCAUGACAUAGGCACCCAUGUGGUUCAUCAUCUUUUUCCUCAAAUACCCCACUACCAUUUAGUUGAAGCAACUGAAGCAGCUAAGCCAGUAUUUGGGAAAUAUUACAGAGAGCCAAAGAAAUCAGGGCCUCUACCGUUCCACCUGCUUGGGAGUUUUAUUAGAAGCUUGAAGAAAGACCACUAUGUCAGUGACAAUGGGGAGGUUGUGUACUACCAAACUGACCCUGAUUUUGGUUGCUUUCCAAAAUCAAAGUAA